AUGGAAGGAGAAAUUAAUAAUAGUGGCGUAGUAGUUGGAUGCUAUGAAGGAUUAGAAGCAUGGUCAGAAUUAGGAAAUUUAAUCAAUUCAAAGUCUGAUAAUUUACUUUCAAAGUCAUUCAAAUUGGCAGACAACAAAGGAAAGGUAGGUGACUCAUUGGUUCUCUAUAAUGUAACACCAGAGCACCCAAGAGUUGCUAUCGUAGGUUUGGGUAAACAAAACACUGGUGGCAGUGAUCUUUCAUUGUUUGAAAAGAAUGAAAAUGCACGUAAAGCUACUGGAUCUGGAGUAAAGGCUCUAAAAUCAAAGGGUGCUACAAACAUUCAAGUCGAUUGUUCUUUGGGUGACAUUAGAUCAUGUGCUGAAGGUGCCAACCUUGGUAUUUUCAAGUAUGACUUAAAGACUAGCGGUGGUGCAAACUCUACCAAAAACACUCCCAUCCAAAUUACACCAUUUGAUUCAAAUCAUCAAUCCCUCUGGGAGGAAGGACAAUUGUUGGCACAAUCACAAAACUUUGCAAGAGAGUUGGCUGACACUCCAUCCAAUCUUAUGACACCAUCAAUUUUUGUUGAACGUGUGACCAAGCAAUUUGAAAAGUUAAUUCAAGAUGGAACUGUAAAGAUGCACGUACGUGACGAAAAAUGGGCAACUGAACAAAAGAUGGGAAUGUUUUUGGGUGUCACCAAGGGAUCUGACGAACCACCACGUUUCCUUGAACUUCACUACAAGGGUGCUGCAAAUCAAGAUGCUCAGCCACUCAUUUUCGUUGGAAAGGGUGUCACUUUUGACAGUGGAGGUAUCAGCAUUAAGCCAUCUGCCUCUAUGGGUCUCAUGAGAGGUGAUAUGGAGGGUGCUGCCACUGCAGUAUCAUCUCUUUUUGCCAUUGCCUCACUCAAGCUUCCAGUCAAUGUAAUUUCUCUUACUCCACUCUGCGAAAACAUGCCAUCUGGUCACGCUACCAAGCCAGGUGAUGUUUUGACUGCCAGCAACGGAAAGACCGUCGAAGUAGACAACACAGAUGCCGAGGGUAGACUCAUUUUGGGAGAUGCACUUCACUAUGCUCAUACCUUUAAUCCAUCAACCAUCAUCGAUAUUGCCACUCUUACUGGUGCCAUCGAUGUUGCUCUUGGUCAACAUUAUGCUGGUGUAUUUGCUGCAUCUGAUGAACUUUGGGAUGAAAUCAACAAGAGUUCCCAAAUCACUGGUGAACGUGUAUGGAGAAUGCCACUUCUUCAAGAGUACAGAAAGCAAUUGGACAGCAAGAUUGCAGAUAUUGUAAACAGUGCCGGUCGUUCUGGUGGUGCUUGCUCUGCUGCCAUGUUCUUGAAAGAGUUUGUUCAAAUUAACCGUUGGGCCCAUCUCGACAUUGCUGGUGUAAUGUAUUCAACCGAAGAUGGUCCAUACCUUGGUAAAGGUAUGACUGGUAAGCCAGUACGUACUCUUGUUGAAAUUGCUCGUAUCCAAAAACAUUAA